AGGGCGCUCGGGGCAGCUGGGCUGGAGCUUCAGUCCGCCUCUGAGGGGACUUUGGCGUCACCUGGCUGCCGCCAGGCCACCUGUUGCUCUCUGGGUCCCGCGUCCCAGGAGCAGGUGCCGGGACUGCGCGGACGCUGCAACUUGUGGCCCCCAGCGGACUCCCAGCCGCCAGCUACUGGCUCUGAGGAGGUUUCGGGGAAGGGCACGCCCGCAGUCACAUGGAGAGCGGCAACGGGACGCCCCUGGCCGGGGCACUCGGGGCGGCGGCCGAAUCCCCCCAGUGCCGGUUGCCGCCCGGAGGGGAGGGCGCGACGGGGCUGGCUGAGCCCGACCGAGCCGCGGAGGACGCUGCAGCAGGCAGCUGCGGCGGGAGCGGGGGCGGGCCACCGCGGGCUCUGCGGGCAAUAUACGUGCGCAGCGAGAGCUCCCAAGGCGGCGCCGUCGGCGGCCCUGAGGCCGGGGCUCUGCAGUGCCUGCUUCGGGCCUGCGAGGCUGAGGGCGCCCACCUCACCUCCGUGCCCUUCGGGGAGCUAGACUUCGGGGAGACGGCGGUGCUCGAUGCCUUCUACGAUGCAGAUGUUGCUGUUGUAGACAUGAGUGACUUCUCCAGACAGCCUUCCCUCUUCUACCAUCUUGGAGUCCGUGAAAGCUUUGACAUGGCCAAUAAUGUGAUCCUGUACCAUGAUACCGAUGCCGACACAGCACUGUCACUGAAGGAUAUGGUAACUCAAAAAAACACAGCAUCUAGUGGAAAUUAUUAUUUCAUCCCCUACAUUGUGACACCAUGCGCUGAUUAUUUUUGCUGUGAGAGUGACGCCCAGAGGCGAGCCUCGGAGUACAUGCAGCCCAACUGGGAUACCAUUCUGGGCCCGCUGUGCAUGCCCCUGGUGGACAGGUUCAUUAGCCUCCUCAAGGACAUCCAUGUGACCUCAUGUGUUUAUUACAAAGAAACCUUGUUGAAUGACAUCCGGAAAGCCAGAGAGAAAUACCAGGGUGAUGAACUGGCAAAGGAGCUGGCUCGGAUCAAACUCCGCAUGGAUAAUAUUGAAGUUCUGACAUCAGACAUCAUCAUUAAUUUACUCCUGUCCUACCGUGAUAUCCAGGACUAUGAUGCGAUGGUCAAGCUGGUAGAAACUCUGGAGAUGCUGCCUACAUGUGAUUUGGCUGAUCAGCAUAACAUUAAAUUCCACUAUGCAUUUGCAAUGAAUCGGAGAAACAGUGCAGGUGACCGUGAGAAGGCUCUUCAGGUCAUGCUCCAGGUUCUGCAGAGCUGUGACCACCCAGCUCCUGACAUGUUUUGCCUGUGUGGGAGGAUCUACAAGGAUAUCUUCUUGGAUUCAGACUGUAAAGAUGCUGCCAGCAGAGACAGUGCCAUUGAGUGGUAUCGCAAGGGGUUUGAACUGCAGUCAUCUCUUUAUUCGGGAAUUAACCUUGCAGUUUUGCUGAUUGUUGCUGGACAACAAUUUGAAACUUCCAUGGAACUAAGGAAAAUAGGUGUUCGACUGAAUAGUUUGUUGGGAAGAAAAGGGAGCUUGGAGAAAAUGAACAAUUACUGGGAUGUUGGCCAGUUUUUCACUGUCAGCAUGUUGGCCAAUGAUGUCGGGAAGGCGGUGCAAGCAGCAGAAAGGCUAUUCAAGCUGAAACCUCCAGUCUGGUAUCUGCGAUCAUUAGUUCAGAACUUGUUAUUAAUUCGGCGCUUCAAGAAACCCAUUAUUGAACAUUCACCUAGGCAAGAACGGCUUACCUUCUGGUUAGAUAUAAUUUUUGAAGCAACAAAUGAAGUUAGUAAUGGACUCAGAUUUCCAGUUCUGGUGAUAGAGCCAACCAAAGUCUACCAGCCUUCUUAUGUUUCUAUCAACAAUGAAGCUGAGGAGAGAACAGUUUCUUUAUGGCAUGUAUCACCCACAGAAAUGAAACAAAUCCACGAAUGGAAUUUUGCAGCCUCUUCAAUUAAAGGAAUAAGCCUAUCUAAGUUUGAUGAACGGUGUUGUUUUCUUUAUGUCCAUGAUAACUCUGAUGACUUUCAAAUCUACUUUUCCACUGAAGACCAGUGUAGUAGGUUUUGCUUUUUGGUGAAAGAGAUGCUAACCAAUGCAUCAGGCAGUACAGUAGAGCUGGAAGGAGAGGCUGAUGGAGACACCUUAGAGUAUGAGUAUGACUACGAUGCAAAUGGGGAGAGAGUUGUUUUGGGGAAAGGAACCUACGGGAUUGUGUAUGCUGGCCGAGACCUGAGCAAUCAAGUGCGAAUAGCCAUCAAAGAAAUCCCAGAGAAAGACAGCAGGUACUCUCAGCCUCUGCAUGAGGAGAUAGCCCUGCAUAAAUACCUCAAGCACCGCAAUAUUGUCCAGUACCUGGGCUCGGUUUCAGAGGAUGGCUACAUCAAGAUAUUUAUGGAACAGGUGCCUGGAGGAAGCCUCUCUGCUCUUUUGCGAUCCAAAUGGGGGCCAAUGAAGGAGCCCACUAUCAAGUUUUAUACCAAACAGAUCCUGGAAGGCCUUAAGUAUCUCCAUGAAAACCAGAUAGUGCACAGAGACAUAAAGGGUGAUAAUGUUCUGGUAAACACCUACAGUGGAGUGGUGAAAAUCUCUGAUUUUGGAACCUCUAAACGUCUCGCAGGAGUGAACCCAUGCACAGAAACCUUUACUGGUACUCUGCAGUAUAUGGCACCUGAGAUUAUUGAUCAAGGACCUCGUGGGUAUGGUGCCCCAGCUGAUAUCUGGUCUCUGGGCUGCACCAUCAUUGAGAUGGCCACCAGCAAGCCUCCAUUCCAUGAGCUUGGUGAACCACAGGCAGCAAUGUUCAAAGUGGGAAUGUUUAAGAUCCACCCUGAGAUUCCAGAAGCUCUUUCAACUGAAGCCAGAACCUUCAUCUUAUUCUGUUUUGAGCCUGACCCUCAAAAACGGGCCACUGCCACUGAUCUACUCAGAGAGGGUUUCUUAAGGCAGGUGAACAAGGGCAAGAAGAACCGAAUUGCUUUCAAGCCCUCAGAAGGAACCCGCAUUGUCACCAGUGCCCUGGCCCUGCCAUCACCAGGGGAACCUCUGGGCAGUAGCAGCAGCGAGCAUGGCUCCAUCUCCCCAGACUCUGAUGCCCAGCCUGACACAUUCUUUGAGAGGACACAGGUGCCCAAGCACCAGCUCAGUCACUUUCUCAGCGUUCCAGACGAGAGCUCAGCCUCAGAAGACCGGAACGCACCUUUGUCCCCAGACGACAGGGACCAGGGCCUCUUUCUGCUGCGCAAGGACAGUGAGCGCCGUGCCAUCUUGUACAAAAUCCUUUGGGAAGAGCAGAAUCAGGUGGUUUCUAACUUGCAGGAGUGUGUGACCCAGAGCUCAGAGGAGUUGCAUCUCUCAGUUGGUCAUAUCAAGCAAAUAAUCGGGAUCUUGAGAGACUUCAUUCGCUCCCCAGAGCACAGGGUGAUGGCAUCCACAAUAUCAAAGCUGAAGGUGGACCUGGAUUUUGACAGCUCAUCCAUCAAUCAGAUUCACCUGGUACUGUUUGGAUUUCAGGAUGCUGUAAAUAAAAUUUUGAGGAACCACUUAAUUAGGCCCCACUGGAUGUUUGCAAUGGAUAACAUCAUCCGCAGAGCAGUGCAAGCUGCGAUCACCAUUCUUAUCCCAGAGCUCCGAGCUCACUUUGAGCCUACGUCUGAGACCGAAGGGGUAGAUAAGGACACAGAUGAAGUGGAAGACGACUAUCCCUUAGUAGACCUGCCUGGAAGCGAAGCACAUGUGGCAUCGGGAGGGAGAAGACCUAGUGCAGCUGUUGCCGAGGAGGCCCAGCCCCACCAGCAGCACCUGAGCCUCCAGCUGAGCAAGCUCAGGCAGGAGAGCAACAGACUCUUGGAACACCUAGUCCAAAAAGAGAGAGAGUACCAGAAUCUUCUACGGCAAACGCUAGAACAGAAAACUCAAGAAUUAUAUCACCUUCAAUUACAAUUCAAUUAUAAUGGUAUGACAAAGAACCUAGCACCCCCUCCUAGGCAGGGAACAGAUAAAGAGCUUAUAGACUGGCUACAACUGCAAGGAACAGAUGCAAAUACAAUUGAAAAGGUAAAUUUAUAACCAAAAACUAUUCCUAUGAUAUUCUUAAAAGCUGCUUAUUUCUUAUGUAUUUGAUCUUUGUUUCAGAUUGUUGAAGAAAAUUAUACACUUUCUGAUAUUCUUAACGAUAUCACUAAGGAAGACUUACGAUGCCUUAGACUACGGUAAGAGCUUCAAAACGGCUUAUUAGAACCUUUUCUGGGUAAAUAUAUUAAAGUAGGCAAUAGUGCUGGUAACUUCCCCUCUUUGAAAUUCAUUCCCUUUCCAGUGUCUUUGAAAACAUACUACCUCUUCUCCCUCCAAAAUCUUGGCAGGUUUGGGCUGGGCAUGAGGUACCAGUGCACUAGACCCAACCCCUCCCGUGGUCUUGUUCCCAUGUCAUUUAAAAUAGCCACCUCUACACCAAUCCAUCAGCGCUCCUGUGCACUCUUCUAAUACCAUGUCCUAGCACUGCUGGCACUCAAGGAUUAUAUUCACACAGGAAGAGAACAUAUUUUUGGUUUUGUUCAUUAUCUAAAUUAAAAUGGGACUGCAUUUGUAAGAGUAGGUGGCCAAUCUUAGAUUAGUUUUGGGGUUGUCAGUUGGAACUUUGCCUUUCUUAUGGUAACUCCUUUGUUCCACAGUGGUGGUGUCCUCUGUCGUCUGUGGCACGCAGUCUCCCAGUACAGAAGGCAGGCUCAGGAGUCCUCAGUGACAGAGGACUAGGCUUAAUCACACUCAGCUAAGCCAGGAGGACACAGUGAGCACAUAUCCUCCUGCUUGUGGUUAAAGCUUCUUCUGUACAUGUAUGCACAAAUUCUGCUCAGUUUACACAAGAAAAAGAUGUGUUCAAUUAAUUCAAGAAUCUGAAGUUUGUCAUUUUUUUGUGUCAUUUUUAAAAACCUAUUAUUUAUGAAUGUUUUAAAGAUUAUAUAGAACUGUAUGUAAUGUGAAUAGUGAGCUUUAGUUUUGAUAUCCUAGAGUAUUAGGAGAAUCUCAGAAAAAGAGACUCAGCAUUCUGUUAUUUUAAAUACAAUGGUAGUUUAAAAUGAGACA